GUCUAUACGAGCACAGAAGCAGCUGCCGAUGCAGUUCUCGGAAGCAUGUAGAACGAGGAGCACAUUGGAGAUGUGGACCGCACACUGCCAAAAUUUAGUAUUCAUUGCCUUUGUGUUCUUACCCUCCGUCGUGAGAGGCAUCCCGGAUUAUUCUGGACUACCACCGGGACCGUAUUGUGCCUCGAGGUAUCCUGAAGGUAGUUGCUGCCCAGGACGACAGGAUGAAUGCAGCGCGCCGAUCCUCAAGACGUUGUGCUACUGCGACGAUUUCUGCAACCGAACUCGCGAAGAGGACUGCUGUCCAGAUUACUGGUACCAUUGCAGAGGGCUGCCGACCACCACAUCGGCACCCGAGGAGCUAAGGAUAUGCUUUUUCCAAGGAAAAGAGUACUAUCACGGGCAAACGUUGAAAGUUAAUUGUAACACAUGUAAAUGCUCCUCGCUUGGCAAGCGCGCCGAAGUGCUCUGCGAGGAGAACCGCUGUUUGAUCGAGCCGGAGUUGAUGGAGGAGCUCAAUUUGCAAGGACCAACUCUAGGUUGGCAAGCGGGCAAUUAUUCCGAAUUCUGGGGAAGGACACUUCGGGAAGGUGUGGAGCUUCGUCUGGGCACUCUCAACCCCUCACAAUCCGUGAGUGUUUUAGAACCCAUAUCUAAAAGUAUAUUAUACGACCCGGAUGCACUGCCGCGGGAGUUCGACUCCAGGACGCGCUGGUCACGCGACAUAUCCGGUGUUCAUGAUCAAGGAUGGUGCGGCGCGUCCUGGGCCAUAUCCACGGCCGAUGUUGCGACCGACAGGUUCUCGAUCAUGAGCAAAGGUGCCGAGGACGCAGAGCUGAGUGCCCAGCAUCUGCUCUCUUGCAACAACAGAGGACAACAAGGCUGCAGAGGCGGUUAUCUUGAUCGCGCUUGGCUCUUUAUGAGGAAAUUCGGCCUGGUAGAUAAGGACUGUUAUCCUUGGACCGGUAAGAACGAUCAAUGCAAACUACGUAAGAGAAGCAAUCUACAGGCCGCCGGUUGUCGAAAGCCACCAAACCCGCUGAGAACAGAAUUGUACAAGGUCGGGCCGGCUUAUCGUCUGGGCAACGAGACUGAUAUUAUGCAGGAGAUUCUGACCUCUGGACCAGUGCAAGCUACCAUGAGAGUCUAUCAAGACUUCUUCGUAUACAAUAACGGAGUAUAUAGGCACUCUCAAAGUGCGGAAUUACACGAUUCCGGUUAUCACUCGGUGAGAAUAAUCGGUUGGGGCGAGGAAAGGUCUUAUCGCGGUCUACCGCUCAAAUAUUGGCUGGUCGUAAACUCCUGGGGAUACAACUGGGGAGAAAACGGGCUCUUUAAGAUUCAAAGGGGAACGAACGAAUGCGAGAUCGAGUCGUAUGUAUUGGCGGUAUGGGCCAAGACGAUAUAAAAAGAAAAAAAGAAACGAGGAAAAUACCAAAGUACUAGAAUAUCCGAUUGUCAUAACACUGUUGGUGCAUUUAUUGAAUCUCCGUCGUCGGUCCGUCGUCAUGCGCAAUAAUGCGAUUGUCAUCGGGGACAAUGAACGAUACAUUGAUGUUCAAAAGUAUGUGAUCCAAUUGCCUGAUCCGUACAUGCCUUAUUACACGUAGGAUCGGGAGGGAACGAGCAAGAAACGAGAGGGAGACAGAGUUGUUUAUAAAUAUUUAAUAAUUAUAAGUACGUGGAUAGUCGAAAAAAAUAUCGUUAUUUUCUCAUUAUUCGUAGACAACAAUAAUCGUUUUACAUAGAAACGUUCUCACCGUUACGCGUCGAUGAUCGAUAGUGUCGCGGCGACUUCGAUGUGUAAGAAGUACUAAGUGCCAAGCGCUUGAAAUAAAUUUUAUAAGUACGUAAUAGUCUCUUUUUCACUUCGUUAAACGAUACGAUUAUACUUCUACUCGCGGUUUUAAACACUUUGCGUUUUUUUAAAUUUAAUCUGCAGUUAAACCUCUUUGUGUUAUAUUUUUAAAAUUAGACACACGUACGUUAUGUGUGAGGAAUACUCAUCACGGAAAAACAGAUUUGUUAAAACAACUAGAAACUUCACUGAUACAGCAAAUCUUCAGUCGUAUAUAAACAGUCAGUUUUGUACGUUAAAGUAGCAAAGUUAUAUGAAUAAAAUAGCGAUUAUAGGUAAUCACAUUCGUUGUAAUAGUACUGUUAAUACAGCAUGACUUUCUAUAAAAGUCAACCCAAUACAUAGAUCAAAAUUGUUAAUAAAACAUGCUAACUAAGAUGACGUGUUCUUUUGUCGCUGUAAUGAAGAAAACUUCUUCCAUUACCUAUACAGCACAGAAUUUGCUGCAAAAUUUCUGCACUAUUACUUAAACAUAUAAUGUUGCUGCAAUAUUACAGCAGUGUUGAUGCAACUUUUAUUCAACUUUGUGCUGUAGGGGUAUAGAUGUUAAACUCGCGCAGUAAGCUAUAGCUUUGCUGAACCACUUGAUCUACUUUUUCCGUGAUGAUGUUCCCAUAAGGUAAAUGGCAGUGUAAUAGUGUAUUAGGAUGUGAUACCACUAAUUAUGUUCUUAACAGAUAAUCGAGCUUUUUGUACAUAUACUUGUGCAAGAUGGACAAUAUAAUUUCCUUCAAUUCUUUCCUAUCGAGUUCUUUCUGUAAUUGACUAAAAUAAAUUUGUAUCAAACAUAUACGGCAUAUAACACGCAGUAUUAGGCACUCGAGGGACGAUUGUGCACGUUUUGUAUCACUA